AUGGAAUGUGGUGAGAUAUGGGUGAAACAGAGAAAUGAUUCAGACGAAGAAAGUAAUGAACGAUUCAAUAUGAUAAAUGGUGAUAAUCAAUGGCGACGAAUUAGGCGUAAUCGUCAUAUGCUGAAGGAGUAUUAUCGGCGAUUCAGAUUUAUUGGUUGGUUAAGAAAUAAAUUUGAUACUACCGAUCGUGCCAAACAAGCGGACUAUUUAUCAA